CCGGGAGAACUGAUUAGAACUACUGGGUUUCAGACUGCUAAUUAAUACCUACGUGGCUGUGAAGCUAAGACACUGGUUAGACACCUAGUGGUGCUGCCUUCGACUGUCAGCCACUCAGUGCAGACGUCCUGUUUAGUGCGAGUUUGCUUGGAGCUCAUUGGUCCAAGUCUCUGUCAGUCACACAGGACCUGGACAUGGCGGUCGCAGGCAGCUGGCAACCUCCCCGGCCGUGCGAGGUCUACCGCGCCGAGUGGGAGCUUUGCCGCAGCGCGGGGCACGUCCUAUACCACUACUAUGUCCAUGGCGAGCGGCCGGAUUGCAGGCAGUGGCUGCGCGACCUGACCAGCUGCCGUGAGUGGGAGGAGAGCCGCAGCGCCGAGGCUCAGCGAUCCCUCUGUGAGAGCGAGCAGACUCGGGUCCAGGCCGCUCAGAAGCACACCCUCAUUUGGGCCUUGAGGAAGAGGCCCCCUGCAGACUGGAACCUCCCUCUGCCACAGGAUAAGGACCAGUGACGAACACCCGCAACCCUGCCCUUGACCUAGACUUCCGCUGGCUCUUACUUGACCUGGACCACACAGCAAGGCGUUUCCAGCUGUAACUGCCUACUGCCCACUGGGUCUGGGCAUCUCUUCACUGUGAUACUCUGAAAGACACCCGCGUCCACAUGCAGGAAGCCAAGCACCGAGGCAGGUGUCUGAGCCGUAAGGUGGGUCCAUCCUGUCCACCUCUCCUGCAGACAUCCAUACCAGAGGCGGCGGUCUUGAGGUGUGAAAAUCACAAGUACACCGUGGCAGCCCUGACCUGUGUGGAUCCAGGGCACAGAAGGCAUAGACAGUCCUGCUGUGAUCGGCCCUCCUUGACCGAGAGAUGGACUGCAGUGUCUUUUUUGGUGAUUAGUGUAUUUUCCAGUACGGACAGAGCUCAUACUUGCUUCCCUGGAGACACAGUAGAGCAUGCUUAGUGGGCGGGCGACCUGCCCCCCUGCACUAGCAUCUCUUGCUGGUUUUGCAGACUUUAAAAUGAAUACACACAGCAUUGCAGGAACCAAGGAGUCUGGAGUCAAGAAAUCCAAGUCCCAAGGCAGAGCGAGACAGAGUUCAGGUCUGAAGAAUAUGGGAUUUAGGCCUCUUGAUUUCUUCUCAUUGUUAAUGUGUUUUUAAAAAGCCGUUUCAUGUGUUUGAUUCCAAAAGCAACCUGAAAAUUAUAUCACACUUUAUACCUGUCCUA